CGACUUCUUCCACAUCUCCCUCGUUGUCACACUAGCCGCACAGCGUCAUGGGUGUGGAGGGUGCGGUAUGCAUGGUGACAGGGGGCUCCGGUCUCACUGGAAGGCGCUUGGUGGAAAUGCUAGCGGAGAAGGGUGCCGCACGCGUUGUGUCUUUCGACAUUGCUCCUAAGCCCGCUGAUGCCAUGGAGCAUCCGGCUAUCGAGUACCAGCAGGGGAACCUGACGAUCCCCGACGACGUGGACAAGGCAUGCGAGGGCGCAGACUGCGUGUGGCACGUCGCGGCCCUCGUGGGACCUUUUCAUGCGAAGGAAGCGUACAUGGCGGUCAAUUACCAAGGAAGCCUAAACGUCCUCGAAGCAUGCAGGAAGCAUGGCGUGGGGAAGCUCAUCAUGUCGAGCAGCCCGAGUACCCGCUUCGAUGGCAAUGAUAUCGACGGCCUCAAGGAAGACGAGCUUGAGUACCCGAAGAAGUUUUUGCAGCUUUAUGCAGAGAGCAAGGCGAAGGGAGAAGUGGCCGUGUUGGAGGCUUGCUCGGACAGCCUCCUUACCGUUGCGAUAGCGCCGCAUCAGAUCUACGGACCGAGGGAUAACUUGUUCAUGCCAAGCCUCCUUGAGGCGGCUGGAAAGGGACAGCUGCGAGUGUUCGGCAACGGGAAGAACAAGGUCUCCUUCACUUACCUGGACAACUAUUGCCACGGGUUAAUACUCGGAUACGAUGCCUUGUACCAGGGGUCACCGGCAUUAGGGAACUUCUACAUCGUGACGGAUGGAGGCUGGCAGUACUUCUGGAGGGUGAUUGACGGCGCGGGUAUGGCCAUGGGCUUCAAGUCUCUCUUUGACAAGAUGAAGCUCCCGACGCUGCUAAUGGUACCAGUGGGCUACGUUUGCGCAGGCAUCGGCUGGAUUUUGGGGCGAAAAUUGCGGGUCAACCCGUUCACGGUGAAGAUGCUCAUCAUCCACAGAUGGUUUGAUAUCUCGGCGGCCGAGCGGGACCUCAAAUACAAGCCGAUUGUGACGUUCGAGGAAGGAUUCUCCAAAACUAUAGCUUGGUUGAAGGAGGAUUGGCUGCCGACCUUUAAGGCCAAGCACGGGUAGGUAUUGUUUGAUAACGGUCAAAUCCAACGUGGUAUUUAUACCAUUCGAUUUUGUUUGCCUCGUACUUUCUGCGGGUUGCCGAUAACGAGUACGAUGGUACUUCUACAUUUUUAUGCCUUAUUAGUGCGUCACGGGCUUUUGGAAACUUGUCAGCACUGGCCUCCAUCGACAGAAACCGCUCGACCGCGUGAGGUCUCGAGAAGCCCCACUUGAACAGCCACUUCGUGGCUCGUGAGUUGUCCUGGGGGUACCCUUCGGUACCUAUGGCCGGCCCGGGUACUACACCACGAAAGGUGACUGUUUAUGGAACGUGCUAUUUGAGGACGUAAGAUCCAGGCGAUUUAAUACGGUUUUGCUUGGUGUGUUGCUGUUAGCGAGACUAGAACCGCCUAUCAAAGACCUUUGGCGGAGUAAACUAGAUGUAUAUUGUCCAUAGCCAGCGUCGACCACCUAGUUAGCUUGUUUCAGGUAUUCCGUUCGCAUCGUUUGUGAUUGUUUGCCGACCCCGCAUAGCGCCAGCGCCUCUCUUUCGUUCUGCCGUUCUUUUGGUGUGACUCCCUCUUGCUCGUUGAGGCAGCAUUCGGCGAGUCGACCGUGGCCACCGCUCGGCACCAACGGACACGAUCAAUGUGAUGCAGGUCUUCGCGAUUUGGAACUAUCUUGUAGUUAGCGAUGGCGUGGAUGGCUGCCGGUGCUCUUUGUUGACAGGCAAACGCUUCGUUGGAUCUCUGUGCAAGCAACGAACGUUGUGAAUGCUCGCAAGGGUUGUAUUGAAGGGAUAGUACGUAAGAACAUUUGGACGAUUGGCCACUAGGCUGGUCGCCAGCCUGCUGCGGCCAAUCAGGCCGUCGUCAGAUACAUUUUUGAUAACAUAACCCUCCACCGG